AUGGUCAAAAUAGGCUGGUUGACCUUUAAUGCUAACAAAAUUAAGCAUGCUUACCCCUACCACCGUUGCGAGGAUCAUGUCAUUCAAAACUGUGAUGAGUUCAAGGCCUUGGUUCAAAGGCUGAUGGAUAGUAAAGAUAUGGAAUUUUACCAUGAAGCUACGAAAGAGAAAGAGAUUGAGAUUUGCGCUUCCGAAGGCACAUCCAAGGGAGUUUACAAUACUAACUGCCCUUUAGUCAUCACACCGAAAGCUCGGACUAUGGAAAGGUUAAUCCCUAAAGUAGUGAUCAUGCCUCAGUCGUCCUUUCCUUAUAAGGACAACAAGCAGGUCCCUUGGAGGUAUGGAUGCCAAUUAAAGAUUGUUGAGAGUUCAGAGGCUACUAAGGAAGAGGUGGAAGAGGUAGGACAUUUCACCAGAAGUGGGAGAUGUUAUUCUCCCAACCAGACCAGUGAACCCGAGAAAAGGAUGGUCGUUGAUAAAGAAAAAAGGGUUGAGAUAUUAUUGAAAAAUUAUGAGCCGGCAAUUAAUGAGCCUGUAACCGAGAAUGAGGCUGUAGAGUUUUUAAAAUUCUUGAAACAUAGCAAAUACAACAUUGUUGAACAAUUACACAAAUUGCCAGCUCGUAUCCCAAUCCUAGCUUUACUAUUAAGCUCUGAGGCACAUCAAAACGCCUUGUUGAAAAUCUUGAAUCAGACUUUCGUACCGAAAGAUGUACCAGUGGAAAAAAUAGACCGACUGGUUGCAAAUAUUCAGGCGGAUAACUUCAUCUCUUUCUAUGAUGAAGAGAUCCCGUCCGGAAUGAUGGGCAAUCCCAAAGCCCUGCACAUUACCAUCCAAUGCAAGGGACAUGUGUUAUCGCGAGUACUAAUUGACAACAGCUCUGCCCUGAAUGUGAUGCCAUUAGUAACCUUGAAGAAACUACCGGUCGAUAGUACACACAUGAGAAAUUGCCAAAGCAUCGUUCGAGCUUUCGACGGAACAAAGAAGGAGGUGCUGGGGAAGAUUGAUAUUCCUUUAACCAUAGGCCCAUCAACAUACGAGGUUGAAUUCCAUGUAAUGGAUAUAAUGCCCUCCUAUAACUGCUUAUUAGGAAGGCCUUGGAUCCACCAGGCAGGAGUCGUGCCAUCUACUCUGCAUCAGAAACUCAAAUUUAUAAUUGAGGGGAGAUUGGUAUGCCUUAAUGCCGAGGAAGAUAUCAUUGCUUACAUAUCUACUACAACUCCAUAUGUCGAAGUAGAUGAAGAUGCAGUCGAGUGCUCUUUCAGAGCCCUGGAAUUUAUUAAUGCCACCUUUGUUGCCGAAAGAAAGAAAAUUCCAAAGCCUAGGCUAUCAAACUGUACCAAAAUGGGACUGAAAAUGACCCUGGGAAGAGGAGCCAAGGUUAGAAGAGGGCUAGGGAGUCGUUUACAGGGGAAUCGUAGUCUAAUUUUUUCCAGUUUUAAGCGAGAUCGUUUUGGUCUGGGAUAUCGCCCGACCUUAAAGGAAAAAUCGAAAAAUGUUCAAAAGAGCCAGGAAAAGAGAAGAGCCAAAUUAGUCGGGGAGGAUAUUAAGUGGGAGCCCAUGAUUUUCCCAUCGCUGCGUGACACCUUCAUAUCUGAGGGCCACAUGUUUCAGGGGGGCCAAUCAUCUAAAGAGCUUGUUAUUGAAAAUGCCCUGAGGGAUUUGGGUAUAAAUGUGAUAUCGGAGGAAGGAAUCGAAGACGGAAUGGCUAUGGGCAUCUACCCUACGCCAUCAGGCUUUGAGGACGAUAGGGUUUUGAUAUUAAAGUUGGUCGGUGGGCUUUGCGUGGCGGUUUUUUGCUUGGAAUGGCUCGUGUUGGGACUUGGUUUUGUGUUGAGGUACUAUGCUUUCGUUGAAGGUCAUCAAGGGGUCGUUAAUGGCGGACAAUCGUCGUUUCAGGGGAACAGGAAAGUUCAAGUUUAA